GUUAAAAUCGCGCCGUUGAUGGCUAAAUGUUUCAGUCGGGCCAUCGUUAUUUUGGUAUACAAGCAAUAUUGUUGGCCGCAAAAGUUGAUUAACAUUCACAGCCACAUUAAUUUGUAAUUGAAUUAAACCGUUGCCAGAACACGUCUCUUUUCGUUAAAAUUGUUCUCGUUUCUGUUGGAAGCCGUGUCUCCGGUUUCUGUCAAUACAGGACGACUAACAAAGUCAAUAAUUGAAAAAAAAAAAAGUGACAAGUAAAUUAAAUAAAAAGAAUGAAAAACUCGUUCUAAUGUAGUUGCGGUCUAGUAGACGCAUAAUAUCUUAACAUCCAGCGGUCAUGACUUGCUUUUUCAGGAAAUUUUUUUAGAACAAUUUUGUCUGCCGGCUGAGAUUGUGUGGAUUGUCGCCCUAGAGCAUAACCCCAAAACCUGUUUUUGGGGCCAGAUUCAAUGGGUCACUGAAACAUGGCGCAGCAACCCAAAUGUUUUUCGAAAGGCUCAGUGCCUAGCUAGAGUUGUCAGUAAUUCAACGUGGAUUAGGAGAAAGCUCCGUGUGUGUCGUGCGUGAUACUUUUGUUACGUAGCGGGAUAUAUUGCUGUUAUCUCAAGUCAUCCGGUCUUUGGUCGAAAAAUUCACGGUGCCAGCAGAAUAAAAAUAGUACUACUGCACACAGUGGAUAACCAAAUAGUAAUGCUGUCGGUAAUUAGUUACCUCGUUGUAUCCGCGGCAGUAGGAUGGAUAGUUUACUGGUACACUUUGAUCCGCACUCCUGCCAACUAUCCGCCAGGUCCACCUGGAACACUGAGUUUCUUUUCCCUUUACAAAGACAAGGAGCCUUCCUUAGCUAAAGCAAUAAUAAAAAUGGCUGGAGAAUAUGGUUCUGUGAUCGGUCUCCUCCUCUGGCAUAGAAAGUUUGUUUGCAUCUCUGGCCAUCAAGCAGUUGCUGAUGCAUUAAGCAAUCCAGCGCUAUCAGGAAGACCACUCUCUUUUGAUUUCCUCCUCCGAACCAAAGGAUUGAGUCGCGGAGUGUUGAUGACGGAAGGCGAACUGUGGAAGGAGCAGAGACGCUUCACUAUCAAACACUUGAAAGAUGUUGGCGUUGGGAAAUCCUCUCUUGAAGGCAUCAUUUUAGAUGAAAUCCGAGAUCUUGUAACUGAUAUCAAUGGUGUUGUGGAGUGUUCCAAAGAUGGGAACAUCAUGUUGGACGAUGUUUUUACCACUUCAGUUAUCAACAUCUUGUGGGUUAUGGUCUCCGGUACAAGGUUCAAGAGGGGCGAUCCGCAGAUGGAUCGACUUACGUCAUGCAUGAACGGUUUCAUGCGUUACAGUAACGGCGGUCCGAAUUUGUUGACUGUCGUGCCGUUUAUCCGCUACAUUGCGCCUGAAUUGAGCGGAUACAAUAGGCUCAUGCAGUACAUUGGACCCAUUCGAUCCUACAUAGAAGAAUUAGUCUCGGAACACCGGAAAACACUCCAAAUCAAUUCACCCCGCGAUUUCAUUGACCUCUAUUUGGAAACUCUGAUUGAAAAAGAAUCAUCAAAUAACUCAUCUUUCCAUAGUUUCCACGAGGAAGAGCUGCUAGGUAUCAUUUUCGAUAUCUUUGUAGCCGGUUCAGAGACGACAAGUCACACCCUCGGCUUCGCUUUAGUAUUCAUGAUAAUGCACCCACAUAUUCAAAACAAAGUGCAAGAAGAGAUUGAUGAAGUACUUCAUGGUGGAACUCCUUCUUUGACAGAUAGGGGAAGGUUACCAUUUACAGAGGCUACACUUCAAGAAAUCCAAAGGCUGGGCGUUGUAGCGCCUCUCACAGUCCCUCAUGUCGCAUUACAAAACACAAAAUGUCAAGGAUAUCACAUUCCUAAGGGAACUUUGACGUUCAUCAAUCUCUGGUCGACUAAUAUCGACCCACAAGUUUGGCCAGAACCGAAUACGUUCUUACCAGAGAGGCAUUUAAAUGACGCUGGCAAAUUUGUCAAAUCAGAAAAAUUAUUAACCUUCGGCCUUGGAAAAAGGAGCUGCAUAGGUGAAACUUUGGCCAGGAGUACACUUUUCCUCUUCUUCGUUUCUAUGAUGCAACAUUUCCGCUUUGAAUCACCAUGGAACGAUGUAGAUUUAGAGUUGCAACCUUCAAUUGAACCCAUUCCUGGCUUAACUUUGGCUCCUCGUCCUUGCCUUGCCCGCGUAGUCAAAAGAGCUCUUUAAAUAGCAUAUAAUUAAUUAUAGAACAACUAAAUUGUGGUUUGCGCAACUCUCAAUGUCUAUUCCAAAAUCUUUGUUUUAUUCAUUUAUACACAAUUUUAAAAAUAAUA